GGCUCUGCGCACAAUCGGCGUGAGGCGGUGCGUGGUGAGAGCGCGCCGUGUCUGCAGCCUUCACUUUUCAGGCGCAAUAGCAAGAGUAUGACCUUUCAAAGGUGAAAGCGGAGAAGUGUUGUAAGAAGCAGAUUCUGCCUCGCCUGCAGAAUUAGCCGCGGCGGGGGGAAGUCGGACUGGAUUUGCAGCUUCUGUGAGCCCCCGGUCUGCCCUGCCAGCUGGGAUUUUACAAUCGACAGGGCCCGGGAGCGGAUUGCCGCCGUUGUUGUGGAUGUCAGCGCGUAGUCCCGACAGGAUUAAUUAAAAUAACAAGCAUGUAAGAAAGAAGAUGUCAGUGGAACAAAGCAGAAAGGAAAACAAGCUGCCACAUAGAACCAACCUAUACGUUGAUUUUCCAUCAACAUUAUGGCCUAUCGUAUAUUCUCCUGAUUACAAUAUUACAUUCUUGGGCCUGGAAAAACUUCAUCCUUUCGAUUCAGGAAAAUGGGGGAAAAUUGUCAACUUUUUAAAAGAAGAGAUGAUGAUAAAGGAUGAAACCAUUAUAAAAGCCUUAGAAGCACAGGAAGAUGACCUAUUAGUUGUGCACUCAAAGCGGUAUCUCAAUAAACUGAAGAACCAUUUCUUGGAAGGCUUACAAGAGUGGUCAUUUAUAGUUGCCACUAUUACCGAAAUACUACCAGUGGCAUUCUUGCCUAACUUUAUAAUCCAGCGGAAAGUACUAAGGCCGUUCAGGACGCAGACUGGUGGAACAAUAAUGGCUGGGAAACUUGCUAUUGAACGAGGAUGGGCAAUCAAUGUUGGUGGUGGCUUCCAUCACUGUUCGAGUGACCAAGGAGGAGGGUUUUGUGCCUAUGCUGACAUAACUCUGGCAAUUAAGUUCUUAUUUGAGAGAGUGGAAGGAGUUUCUAAGGCUAUGAUCAUUGACUUAGAUGCACACCAGGGAAAUGGACACGAAAGAGAUUUUAUGGAUGACAACAGAGUCUAUAUUAUGGAUGUUUUUAAUAGAUAUAUCUACCCGGGGGAUGGAUUUGCCAAGCGAGCCAUCAAAUGGAAAAUUGAGCUGGAAUGGGACACGGAGGAUUCAGAAUAUCUGCAGAAAGUGAAAACACAUGUGGCAAAAGCAUUGAAUGAAGUCACUCCAGACAUCAUUGUGUACAAUGCAGGCACUGACAUCUUAGAUGGUGAUCAGCUGGGAGGACUGGCUGUCUCACCUCAGGGAAUUAUUAAAAGAGAUGAAGCAAUUUUUGAGGCAGCCCGCAAAUAUAAGAUACCCAUCCUGAUGGUGACAUCUGGAGGCUACCAAAGGUCCACAGCCCGGAUCAUAGCUGAUUCUAUUCUUAAUUUGCAUCGUUUGCAACUCAUAGACCAAAGGCUGAUUUAGGAGGAUUGGAUGACUAUUGUCAUAGCAUAUCUAAUGUGGAACCUUUUUAUCAACUACAACACCACCACUGUCAAUGCAAAAAAAAAGUUAGUUUUGUGAAAAAAAACAUAAUUUAAAUACUGAAGUUACAAUGUUCUAUAAUCUAUCUUAAAGAGAGUUAUAAAUGUUAAUAAAGUAAAAAUACAAGUAGGUUUAUAAUUAUUAAAAUCUUAAAGGAACAUUCCUCUCUGGUGCAAUAAGGACAUGAUUUUUUUUUUGUAAAAAAAAUAGAUACUAAAAUAUACUUGGCUCUGUGAAGGAUCUAUAUAAAUGUAAGUUUUAUCAUAAAAAAAUAACUUCUUGAAAGUUUUUGUCCCACCCUGAUACAAACUUAUGUUUUUAUUAUGCUUGAAACACUGUUUUGUGUCAGUGUGAUAUUUAUAUUUAGAUACUAACCUUCCUUCUUGGUAUUCAGACUGGAGCAAAUAGUGAUAUAAGGUGAGCACCAGUUUCUAGUUAAUAGUUUUGUUACAGUUGUAAUAGAAUGUAUCAGAAGAAAUGCAGAAAUAUAUUGGAAAUUUUUAUCAAAAUGCUACUGAAGACUGAAAGUCUAUUUUAUUGCCCAGCAAACUAUUUGUAAAGGAAUGUGCCUUUAAAUGUAAGAUACUUAGAUUCUUGUUCUCAGAGUUUAAAAAAAAUUCUUGUGUUCUGACAUAGGGUAUUACUAUUUUAAUAUGCAUCUUUCUGUAUGCCCUAUAUAAAAAUUGCGCUAUAUAUUAAUACUAAGUAAUUAAGUUCAGUAAUCACAUUUUAAACACUAUUGGAGCAUGAUUCCUUCAUUCACAUCUGGCACUGAAUACAUACUUGAUUCUGCACUUGUAUUGGAUGCAUUUUAUCACUAAUUAAUCUCAAAUUUAGGAAUAAAUUCAGUUUGGGUUCAUCAAAAUCUAAUUCUGUUGAAUUGAAAAGCAGCUGCCAGCAAAAUAAUGGAAAGAAAAUUCAAGCAAAUGUUUAAUAUGUCGUGAACUUGCCAUUAUUGGUUUGCUGUUCAGCAGGGUAAAGGGAAAUAUCUACCCUUUAAAGUUUUAGAAAGUAGAUUGCACCUUGAAAUCUAUGCCAUUUCCAGUCACCAAAGGAGAAAACAAUGUGGAGAUGGUGUUGAAAACUCCACAUGAUUUUAUGGAAUUAGUAUUUGGGAAGAUUCCCAAAAACAGGCACAGGGUCAAUUAUAUGGAAUGAAUAUGUGUCAGUUGUGAAUCCCAAGUGCAUCACUCUAUGAACCUCACAAUUGAUUUUCUUGCUCUUAAGACAAGAAAAGUGUUAAUAUGAUUCUCCAAACUGUUAAGAUCAAACAAAGGUACAACAGAAUUGCCAGGCUCUUUUCUUUAUAGAGCAUCUUUCAAGAUUGCAGUGGAUCCCAGAAAAUUGUUGGAUAGGGCCGAUAUGGGACGAUUAUCCAGAAGCUCACAAGUAUCCUGAUCAUUGCAUAGAAUUGAUUUCUGGUUUGGAGAAUGAUGUGAUUGAAAUCUUUCAGAGUUAGUUGGACUAAGACGUAAAGGGGCAUGUGACUGCAAUUUUAAACUUGCACAUCAUUACUCUUACAUACCAUAUCUUUGGUGUAAAUUUUGUGUAACUCACUUGACUUAAGAAUUUUAAGUUACUUAACUAUCCUGAAGGGAGUUAUGAAUUGCACAUUGGACACUUUUGCUACUUCAUUUAUAAAUAUAAUUCUAGCUUAAUUGUUUAUUCUCUAUCAGAUAACUAAAUACUGUGUUAAAGUACAAAAUAAUAUAUUUUGAAAAACUUUGCAUCACAUUUGAGGUAUAUUUAACAUGUUAUUAUGAUCUAGGUUAUAAAUCUCAUUUUGUAGCAAUCAUGUCAGAAGGUUGUGGGUUCAAGAUUUGAGCAUAACCAUCUUGGCUGGCAUUUUUGGAGAUUACAUCUUUGGAAUGGGAUGGUCCCAUCUGCUCUUUCAGAGGAAUGUUUCAAAGCAUGACAGGGAGAUUGACCAUGAGACACCAGUAUCUGUCCCCCACUCAACAUCACAGAAAAGGGAUCAUCAAAGGGGUCUUGUAUAUUUGUUUGUGGGAACUUGUUUUGUGCAAAUUGUUUGCAAGCUUACUACAUUAAAUCAACCAUUAUAUUUCAAAAUACUUAUUUGACUGUAAAGUACUCUGAGAUAUCUUGAAGUGGUGAACAUGUAAAUGCAAUUUUGCCCCUUUUAAAGAGCUGAUGUGUGAAGGGAUAUGGGAAGAAGGGAGGAGACGGGGGCUGAGAAAGAAAAUGAAUCAGCCAUGAUAAAAUGGCAGAGCAGGCUCGAUGGGCCGAAUGGCCGAAUACUGCUCCCAUAUGGUAUCACAUAACUUGGAAAUAUUUUGUUAAAACCUUGAUUUCAGUUGAAUGUAAAAUGAACUUAGUUUGGUUUAAAAUCACUUUUUACUGAUGGGAGGUUUGGUGACUCUGGAUGAUUCCUUUACUGGAAAUAAAUGCUUCUAAAUGCUAUUAUUCAUUUGGGAUGAGGAUAUUUAAAUUUUUGCAACGCACAGCACAUUAUUAUUGAGCAUCAUCCAACCCAUCCAUUUUAAUCCAGAGUCAAGUAUUCUUUUGCUUUGAGAACUAGUCCAGAUAUUGCAUUUUGUCAGAUGCAAAGAGAUAAAGACUUGCAUUUAGAAAGAAUUAUUCAUAUUCUUCCCAGAGCACCCAAAAGAGCUCAUGCAGUAGUUUUGAAACAAGGGAAACAAGGCCACCAAUUUGCACCCAACAGCCACACACCGAUGGCAAUGUACUGGAAAGUAAAUUUCCUGUAAUUUCUUCUGAAAGAUAUUGUAUUUAUGAUCAUUGAUCAGUAAAUUCUGUAACAUAUUUUAAUGUUGCAUCAUCUCAUGAUAUAGGUUUCAAAGCCGAUUUCAGAUGAGCAAAUAGUCCUGAUUGCAUUCUAAUGUUAGCACUAAAUUAAUGAUGCACAAUUGGUGGUGUUGGUCUCCCAUUAAAGUAAUGGAAGGGACUUCGGAUAAUGCAUUAAACUGAAGUACACUCAGUCGAUUCUAAAGGUUUGGGUACAUAGUUAAGAUCGCCUGUCACAGUUUGAGGUGGUGCUGCUGGUCUAAUAAAAUAAUGAUUGAUAUUUUUCUGUCAACCACAACUAAGAUUAAUUGUUGAUCUUACUGCUAUUUGUUGUGCUACAAGUAAAAUGUAUUUAUAACAGUAUAGAAUGGUAUAACAUCAAUAUUGAUUUAGAAAGCCUGAUAUAGCAAAUCUACAGGUAAUGUUGUUCUAUUGGAGAAUUAGUAGCAUUGUAUGUUACUUAAGUACAAAGAAAAUGAUUUAGAUACCUUUUCUGAAAAUAAGCAAUCAGCUAAACAUUAAAUCAUUGCUAAACUAUUGAUGGUGUUUGCCUAAAUUUAUUUUCAAAGUUAAGAGCUGUUUCAUGGCAAGUUAGCAUUACGACAUUGGAAGGUUGAUACAUUGUAUGUGUUAUGAACAUUCUCAUUUGCAAAUCAAUGUGAAACAAUAAAGCUGUUAUUUUCUCAUAACCAGAAGUCAUG